CUAUUUAUAGAUGUCUGGGGAGCAGAUAAGCCAUUGUGGCAAGAGGAAUUGAAUGUUAAGAUAUCAGAAUUGAUCACAAGUUGCAGGAGGACAGAGACAGCAUUGUCGUUUAUAAAGUCAUUCUAUACUACCAUGUUGCAGAACUGGGUGAUGCUCGAUCGUCAUCGUCUGGACAAGUAUUACUCACUCGUGAGAAAGGUGGCCAACAAGUCGUUCGAGCUGUUGGUGCGCCAUCACGACGAUGACAAUGGAGCAGGCAUCAUCUUGAUCCAGGACUAUAUCGAGGUGCUCAAGGCCACCUGUCUCAACCCAAAGAAUGACAUCGAGUGCAAUGGACUGAUCUUGCACAUUGCUGAUGUCUACUUGGUAGAGCUGUACAAGGUCACAAAGGGCGAAGUCUCAUCAAUGUCACUCAAUAAGUUGUUGAUGCCAUUUAUCAACUUCAUGGCCAAGUCCGAGGAUGAGGUAUCAAGGAAUCGUAUUCGCGAGCGUGUCUUUGAGCGUAUCCUCACCACGUACGCACCAUUUGGCGAGCGUGAUCCAUGGAUGGUUGAUCUGCCAGAUGAUCUCGAUGACAAUGGAGAGGUCAUUCCAACCAUAUUCCCAACAGACUAUCAUGUGAUCUCACAAGUGUUGCUAAAGAUUGCUUCAUCAAAGAACACAGAGAGUGUGAAUAGGAAGAUAUUGUACGGCCUGAGCAACAAGUUCAACAAGAUCAAUACUAGAUUGAAGGAGUUGGAGGAGUUGUCUGAGGGUUUGAUCGAUGAGGAGACUGGUCUACCAAUCAACCAGGAUGAUGAUGAUGAGAAUGAUGAAGAUGCAGAGAUCCAAGAAGAAAUGGAUGAGGAGGAGGACGAUGAGGAUAUGAUCGAUGAAGAGGAAGAGGAGGAGGAGGAAGAGGAAGUCCCACCUCCACCCCCAACAAAGGUAUCAAAGAAGUCUGUUGCGCCAAAGAUGCAGGUCAAAUCAACAGCAGCGCCAGUCAAGAAACAAGUUGCCAACAACAAGGGAGGAAAG